AUGGACGAAGUAUUGUCAGAGAAACCAUGGUCCACUGGCCGCAUACUGAGCCAGACCCAAAGAGAACGUAAGCGAAUAAUGAAUCGAGUCUCUCAAUCCAAACGGAGGGAUAGGUUGAAGAAAUCUGUGAAGUCCAUGGAAAACCGCUUAGACGAUGAUACAACUAUGCGUGAUUUUUUAAGUGGGGCCCUUCGCAGCGUGUUCUCUUAUAAUCCACUACAAGUAUGCACAAAUGAUCAAUUUAAUCAAGACGCCCUAAUUCGAGGCGUUAUUUAUGGGUGGGGCGUUUUGCAAAAGGAAUAUUUUACCUGUCCUAUAUGGAGUAUUCUGAGCCGUAUAGAUAUUUUAUUAACUAAGAACGCGGCAAUAGAGACUCGUCUAGCCGUUCUUCGAGGUAUCCACCUAAUACUUUUGUCUUGGACAUUCCCUGAUCAUCCCCCACCUGUCGCUCCAUGGUUUAGACCAAGAAAAUUUCAAGUAUCCAGUCCCGAUAAUUUAAUAUUUGAUUACUUCGCUUGGCCCCAUUUUCGCGAAAGACUGAUAGCUUCCAACUAUCCAAAACUAACAAACCGAUUCUGGUUUUACUUUUCUCGAAAUAUGCGUUUUGAAUGGCCAUUUCCUCCUAAUCACACUAUCGAUAUCGACAAAGACUCGGGAAAAUAUCACUUUACAAUGACGUGGAGGGCUGCAACUGACUCGAUCCAAAGAUUUACAAUGGGUCCUGAGUUCUUCCAGGCUUACCCGGAUUGUUAUGAAGAUAUCCAGGCCUCGUAUAGUCUAUACGAUAUUGUAAUUUAA